AUGCUACCAGCUCCAACACUUUGGAAGCUGGAGACAGCUCCGGUUGGAGCACCACAGGAAGUUGCGGGGGCCGAGCUAGCAGGAGGAGGUGGAGCAGCAGACGAAGCAGCAGCAGAUGAAGCAGCAGCAGACGAAGCAGCGGCAGAUGAAGCAGCGGCAGAUGAAGCAGCGGCAGAUGAAGCAGCAGCAGACGAAGCAGCGGCAGAUGAAGCAGCGGCAGAUGAAGCAGCAGCAGACGAAGCAGCAGCAGACGAAGCAGCGGCAGAAGAAGCAGCGGCAGAAGAGGCAGCAGCAGAAGAGGCAGCAGCAGAUGAAGCAGCGGCAGAAGAGGCAGCAGCAGAUGAAGCAGCGGCAGACGAAGCAGCAGCAGAAGAGGCAGCAGCAGAAGAGGCAGCAGCAGAAGAGGCAGCAGCAGAUGAAGCAGCGGCAGACGAAGCAGCAGCAGAAGAGGCAGCAGCAGACGACGAAGGAGCAGCAGAUGAUGAAGGAGCAGCAGAUGAUGAACAAGCACUGCUAGAUGGACUAGGACUAGAAGCAAUUGUCACUGAAUAUUUACUGGCGGCAGCAGCAAAAGCAGCGUCAAUCUUAGAAAAGUCACUAAUAACAUCAGCCAAAACAGAACAAUCGAAUUUGUCAUAA